AUGGGCCAACGAGCACCGGCGUCCGCGCCCAUCAACUAUUACUCUCGAGCUAGCUACGAGAAACUGGCCUUGGUACAAGGGGACGGCGAUGUGUUUGCGCACCUUAUGAAGCUCCUCUCCGAAUAUGAAGUGCGAUGGGCCGAUAUCAUCCACCAUGCGCGAUCCAAUCCCACCAACUUCUCAACGGUGGUGCUUCCGGGCGGCGGUCGCAUAUGUAGGUUCACCCUCAAGGGGGUGCAGGUUGAGGUGAGCGAGGACGACUGGCGGCUCAUCGCUACCGGAGCAAUGAACAACUUAAUUCCCCAGGGCCCUACGGAAGAGGACGAGAACGCAGAGUUGGCGACAGUGGAUAUAUUGGAGAAGAGGCUAGAGAGUUUGGCCCGGACUGCCGAAGAAGUGACAAGGAGCGCAAACAGGCUGGUGCACGCUCUUAGGGGAAGAAGGUCGGGCAUUGUCGAGCAGAUGAUGCAGCAACCACAGCAACCACAGCAGGGUCAGCAACCUCAGUCAGGAGGGGCGACAGGGUUCCAGGCCGUGAACCGGCGGAAACGAAAGAACAGCAUGAGGGGCGGUAUUGGCUUGGAAUCGGGUGACCUCCAUGCGGAGCUUCUCCAGCAGUUUAGCUCACCUUCACCAUCGCCUAGUAUGUACACGCGGCCCAUCUACGCUAUCCAGCCAGGUCCCGCGCAGGGCCACAUCCAGGUCUCCACGGCCACGGCCACCGGACAGGGUGCCCCUCCUGGAGCGUACAUGAUGGCCAGCCCCACGGCACGGCGAGAAUCAGCAGCCGAGGAUGCGGAGGCGUUGCACCGACCACUCAUUACGAGCAUGAUCGAAACGCUUGGCAAGGGAGACGAGAUCGUGCCAGCGUGCGACAGAUGCAAGAGGCUAAAAGUCGAAUGUGUGAAGCACCUAACGGCAUGCCAGGGGUGCACCAAGAAGCACGCCAAGUGCACGUGGAGAAUGGCUACAGAGGAGGAAAUUGCGGAGCUCAAGCAACGCAAGGAGAUGCGGAAGAGGGCGGUGAAGAAGGGAUCCGAUGGGCCUCUGCCCGGGGCGAGCGCCAUCAUCGCAAGCGUCGGCGGUGCUGGAGCGGUCGUAGGCGGGCAUGGCAUCGAGAGGGACGAGAAUAGCCGACCCCAACGGGUCAAGGCGGACACCGCCAUGACCUUGCGAGUAGACUAA